AUGCUAGAUACAGAAAAAGAAAAUCAGACAGCUAUUCAAGAAUUCAUUCUUCUGGGUUUGGAGACUUUUCCGGAGCUUCAGAUUCUUCUUUUUGGGUUCUUUUUGGUGAUUUAUCUGAUGACAAUAACUGGAAACCUUCUCAUCUUUCUGCUAGUUGUGGCAAAUCAGCAUCUUCACACCCCAAUGUAUUUUUUCUUGGCAAAUUUGUCUUGGCUGGAUGCUUGUUAUAGCUCUACCAUCUUGCCCAAAUUGUUGACCAAUUUGUUGUCUGGUGAUAGAACUAUAACUCUACGUGGAUGCUUAGCCCAAUGCCAUUUAUUUGGGAUUUGUGCAGCCAUAGAGACCUAUCUUUUAUCUGCAAUGUCUUAUGACCGCUUUGUGGCAAUUUGUAGACCUUUGCUCUACAAUUCUAUUAUGAAUACAAAAUUUUGUUCCCAGAUUAUAGCUGGAAUAUGGAUAAAUAGUUUGAUAUUCAAUAGCAUUCUUGUGGUUCUCAUGGAUCCAUUGCCCUUUUGUGGCUCCAAUGUCAUAGACCAUUAUUUUUGUGAUUUCCUUCCACUGGAGAAAUUGUCCUGCAGCAAUUUAAAUAUUCUUGAACCCAUUGCCUUCUUCAUGACUGUUAUUUUUACAAUUGCCCCUUUUCUAUUGACUCUUAUCUCUUACAUCUGCAUUAUUGGCACCAUCAUAAAAAUGAAAUCCAACACUGGAAGGCAAAAAGCCUUUUCAACCUGCUCUUCUCAUCUCAUGGUAGUUUGCCUCUAUUAUGGCACAUUAAUCAUUGUCUAUGUGUUGCCAGACUCCCCCACUCUGAGACCUCUCAAUAAAAUCUUCUCCAUUUUUUAUACAGUGAUGACACCUUUGGUGAAUCCCCUAAUUUACUCUUUAAGAAACAAAGAUGUUCACAAAGCCCUAAGAAGGCUUUACAGCAAAGUGAUCAUUCUGGGCCAAACCUAUCCCAAACUAUCACUUGGUGCUUAA